AUGGUUGGAAGUAUGCAGGCGUUUCGUACGGUCAUAUCGUUUGGACGGCGCCAAGGUGCACAGCAGCUGGCAACACAUUCACAACAUGCAUCUUUUUCAUCUGUAGCUGUGCCAACAUUCUCGGCCGAUGAGUGGAUGGAGAAUAUCAAACAGCUGGCUACGAAGGACGUGCCGAUUAAGCGUACCAAGCUGUCGUCGUUCCUUAAGACGGUGACAACCAGUGAGCAAUUGGAAGCAUCCAAGGAAAUUAUGAAAAUAUAUGAGAAGAAGCGCGUGGAUCCAGACUCGAAUGCUGCUGGUCUGUUUGUUAAAAAGGCGCUGGAGUUGAACGCGCCUGACGUGGCGUUUGAUGUACUGGAAGCUAAUUACCGCAUUGGUCUCUUUUUGGAGCCGUCUACACUCAAUAAGCUAUUGCAUAAGUUCUUGAGAGACAAGGAGUUUGAUAAAGUCUUUGCAUUGCACGAGAUUGGCCACAGUAAGUACAAGGUCAAGAGUACGGAGCGUACUUACGACAUUCUCAUUCGCGCAGCAAUCGAACAGGCCGAUUUGGAGAAAGCUGUGGUCUAUCUCAAAACAGCUGCGGAAGCACAAAAGCUGCAGCGUGUGACGUGCAAUAACCUGCUGUUCAAGCUCAAGAACAGCGACAUGCAGGAUAAGAUUGACGAGGUGGCAGCGCUUAUGAAGACGGCGGGUGUAGAGCCCAAUGAGACGACGAAGAAGAUUUUACAAUAG